UUUACACACAAGGAACUCUUUAGUUCACGAAGGAGAAAAAGUGGUUGAGAAAAAAUAAUUUUAGCGGCUGCUUCUUCAAAACUCCCGUAAAAUUGGUGCAAAAUGGCUCUGAACAAGUUGGCAAUCGAUCAAAUUGAUCUUAAAGGAAAGAGAGUACUUAUGAGGGUUGACUUCAAUGUUCCUCUGAAAGAAGGCAAAAUAACCAAUACCCAGAGGAUUGUAGCAGCUUUAGACACAAUCAAGUAUGCUCUGGAAAAGGGUGCUAAAUCAGUGGUUUUGAUGAGUCAUCUAGGUCGUCCUGAUGGAAAACGCUCAGAAAAAUACUCACUACAGCCUGUUAAAGCAGAGCUGGAGAAACUGCUAGGAAAGUCGGUGGAGUUUCUAUCGGACUGUGUAGGACCAGAGGUGGAGGCAAAGUGUGCUGACCCCCCAACUGGUUCCGUGAUUCUCUUAGAAAAUCUCCGCUUCCAUGUGGAGGAGGAAGGAAAAGGGGUCAACGAGGCGGGGGAGAAGGUUAAAGCCUCAAAGGAAGCUGUGGAGGCAUUCCGCCAGUCUCUGUCCAAACUAGGAGAUGUGUAUGUGAAUGAUGCAUUUGGAACGGCACACAGAGCUCAUAGUUCAAUGGUUGGGUGCCAGCUUGCACAGAGAGCAUCAGGAUUUUUGCUAAAGAAAGAAUUAACAUAUUUUGCAAAGGCACUGGAAAAUCCAGACAGGCCAUUCUUAGCCAUUUUAGGAGGGGCAAAGGUUGCAGACAAGAUUCAGCUGAUAGAAAACAUGUUGGAUAAAGUUAAUGAAAUGAUAAUAGGAGGCGGCAUGGCCUUUACUUUCUUGAAGGUUCUCAACAAUAUGAAGAUUGGUAAUUCUCUUUAUGAUGAGGAGGGAUCAAAGAUCAUUAAGAACUUGAUGGAGAAAGCAGCAAAGAACAAUGUCACAAUCACACUCCCCUCAGACUUCGUGACAGGGGAUAAAUUUGCUGAGGAUGCCACUGUUGGAUCCGCCACUGUAGAAUCAGGAAUUCCAGAUGGUAGUAUGGGAUUGGACGUAGGUCCCCAGUCCAUAGCUAAAUUUAAGGAAGUCGUAGGCAGAGCCAAAACCAUUGUAUGGAAUGGGCCUCCAGGUGUGUUUGAGUUUGAAAACUUUAAGAAAGGAACAGUGGCAGUAAUGGACGCUGUUGUCGAGGCAACACAAAGGGGAGCAACUACAAUUAUUGGUGGUGGUGAUACCGCAACCUGUGCAGCUAAGUUUGGAACAGAGGACAAAGUCAGCCAUGUUUCUACUGGUGGAGGAGCAAGCUUAGAAUUGUUAGAGGGUAAGACACUGCCAGGUGUUGCUGCAUUGUCAGAUGCUGCUUAAGUUUAUUUUAUAGGGAAGAAUAAGGAGGAAUUAGCAAUCUUUUACAGUAGAUUUAUGGACUUGUCAACAAAAAUCAUGUAUUGACAUAAAGAAUAUAGGUGUUACAUGUAUUACAUGUACUAUGCUGCACUUUCCUGUUUUUACAAUUCAAAAUCAUGUUGAAAUUUCUGUGAGGAAAAAUAGGAAAAAAAGAGGGUUGUAUAUGUAUUGAAGAUUUCAAUUUAUCAGUACUUAUAUCCACCAUAUACACUGUACAUGUAGCAUACAUGUAAUUUUGCCCAGUCUUUUUUUUUUUAAUCUAUAUGUAUGCCCCUUACAGUGCUUUUUACAUGGAAUAGCCGUUGAUGAUUUUUUUUCAUUUUAGUUUUAAAGUUUUUAUUUUUGAAUGCAAACAUGCAUCUAUUUUUGUUCUGAAAUUUCAUCUUUGAAGACUUCCAUGCAGCCAUAAUAACCAUAAUGCUUUCCAUGUAUUGCUUUGUCUCGUUUAAAUAAAAAUAAAACUAAUAUUCAUUGCA